AUGGCUACGCUCCAGACCGCCAUUCAGGGAGCGGCCGGCUCGGUGGCCGUCAUUGUGCCUUCGCGUCCCGACCCCGUCGUCGUCACGUACAGGGAUCUCGUCGCCGAGGUUUCGUCGUUCCAGCAGAAGCUCGCCGCCAUCGGCAUCGCCAAGGGAUCGCCCGUCUCCAUCGCCACCGUCAACUCGUACGAGUUCAUCGUCUCCUUUCUGGCCGCCUCGUGGCAGCGCGGCAUUGCCGCCCCGCUGAACCCGGCUUACAAGCAGGACGAGUUUAAGUUCUACAUCGACGAUGUUAAGUCGGCCAUCGUCCUCGUGCCCAGGGGGGCCUACCAGAGCGGCAGCCCCGCCGUCAACGCCGCCAGGAAGUUCAACGCCGCCAUCGCCGAAUGCUACUGGGACCCCGCCAAGAAGGAGGUCGCCUUGGACGUCAAGGAGCUCGGUCAGCUCCAGGGCAAGGGCAAGCAGCCCGCCCUGAAGCCAGAGCCCGAGGACAUCGCCUUGGUCCUGCACACGAGCGGAACCACGUCGAGGCCCAAGGUCGUGCCCCUGUCGCACCGCAACCUGACCAGGACCAUGAAGAACAUCCGCGACACCUACCAGCUUACCGCCCAGGACCGCACUAUGCUGGUCAUGCCUCUGUUCCACGUCCACGGCCUGCUCUGCGGCCUCCUCGCGCCUCUCUUCUCCGGAGGCUCCAUGGUCGUCCCCACAAAGUUCUCGGCGACCGAGUUCUGGCAGGACUUUAUCACUUACAAGGCGAACUGGUACACGGCCGUGCCCACCAUCCACCAGAUCCUGCUCAAGAACCCCACCCCGAGCCCCCUGCCGUUCAUCCGGUUCAUCAGGUCGUGCUCCUCGCCCCUCUCCCCCACCGUCUUCCACGCGCUGGAGAAGACGUAUAAGGCGCCUGUCCUGGAGGCAUACGCCAUGACCGAGGCGGCCCACCAGAUGACGUCCAACCCGCUGCCGCCGCACAAGCGCAAGCCCGGCACCGUCGGGCUCGGCCAGGGCGUCGACGUGGUCAUCCUCAACGACGCCAGCGACGUGCUGCCGCAGGGCGCCGAGGGCGAGAUCUGCAUCCGCGGCGAGAACGUCACCAAGGGCUAUCUCAACAACGCGGAGGCCAACAAGACGGCCUUUGCCAAGAACGGCUACUUCCGCACCGGGGACCAGGGCAAGAAGGACGAGGACGGCUACGUCGUCAUCACGGGCCGCAUCAAGGAGCUCAUCAACAAGGGCGGCGAGAAGAUAUCCCCCAUAGAGCUCGACAACGUCCUCGCCCGCCACCCCGCCGUGUCCGAGGCCGUCAGCUUCGCCAUCCCCGACGACCUGUACGGUCAGGACGUCGCCGUCGCCAUCGUCCUCAAGCCCGGCGCCAGGCUGGCCCAGGACGAGCUCGAGAAGUGGGUCGCCGAUAAGCUGGCCAAGUUCAAGGUGCCCAAGAAGGUCUACUUCACCGACAACAUGCCUAAGACGGCCACGGGCAAGAUCCAGCGGCGCAUCGUCGCCGAGACGAUGCAGAAGCAGGACGACCUCAAGGCGAAGCUCUAA